GAGAAAGAGUACGAAUGGGAGAGAUAGAAAACGAAAGAGAGGAGUAAGAGGGAAGGGUGAGAAAGAAAAUUGCGUGUGCCGGAAUGUUUCAUUAGUUUAGUGAAACUAGGAAGGAAUUAGAGCUGAGAAAAACGGGAUUUAGGGUGUAGGGGAGAAAGAGGUGACUGGGGACGUUUUCGAAAAGUGUGUUCGGGAUCGGUGAUAUGCGAGUCUCGGGAAAAUACAAUCGGGAUCCGUCGUCUUCUAACAGAAUCUUCCUCAAGAUUUGAACGCCUUUGGUGCCGCUGUCAACAAUACAUAUCAUUUUAUCCUAGUUUGCAGAAAAGUUGAUCCUUUUGUGAACGCGAUAAAAGAAUUAUACUCGAUGAAUAUAUUAUUAUUAUUAUUAUUAUUAUUAUUAUUAUUAAUAUUAUUAAUGAAAAGUAAAGAGAACGAAGAGAAAAGAAUCGAGUGAAUUUUCGCAAAAAAUAAAAAAACAUAAAAUAAUCUAUAUUCAUUAGAAUAAGAGUCAAGAGAUAUUCAUAUAUAUAUAUAGCGUAUAUGUUGGUGUGCCUGGCUCAACGAGCAUCGUGAUUAUUAUAUUUAUUGAAAUUUCUUUAACGAUAAAGAAGGAACAUUAGAUAAUAGGAGGAAAAUCAUAAAAAGAAAAAAGAAAAAAGAAAAAGAAAAAAGAGAAAAGUAUUGAUAAAAUAUUAAAUGAACGGAUAAUAUCCGAUGAUAGCUUUUCUCCGUGAUCUUUUUCAUUAAUUUUCCCGUUUUGUGUGCAAUAUUUAUCGUGGACUGUGAUCCUUUCUAACGGGAAGAAAGAAAGAAAGAAAUAAAUAAAGAAACAAAUAAAUAAAUAAAGAAAGAAAAAAGAAUCCUCGUUAUUUCUAUUAAGAAGAAAUCGGAAAAAAAGAGAAAAAAAAAUCAGAAAAAUGAAGCUCGAUUUUAUGGACCGUGAAAAGGGGUUGGAGCUUUUUGGGAAAUUAAUAAGAACAAAAAAUAUCGACAGUUUGCAAGGUGAACAAACGAAAACGAGUCCAGAAACAUUGAAUACAGCUGAUCAAAAGCAGAAAUUACAGAAGUGUCUGACUACUCUGGACCUGACGUCUUUAGGAGUUGGUUCCUGCGUCGGAACGGGGAUGUACCUAGUCGCAGGAAUGGUUGCACACAGUGUUGCUGGACCUGGCGUAGUUAUAUCAUUCAUAAUUGCUGCUAUUGCAUCCAUUUUUUCUGGUGCAUGUUAUGCAGAAUUUGGAGUUAGAGUACCACACACAACUGGCAGUGCUUAUAUGUACAGUUACGUGACAGUAGGAGAACUGAUAGCUUUUAUUAUCGGUUGGAACAUGGUACUCGAAUAUUUGAUAGGUACGAGUGCCUGUGCUUGCGCCCUUAGCGCUUGCUUGGAUGCCCUAUCGAAUGGUGCUGUCUCAGGAGCUAUAGCUAACAACAUUGGUACUAUAUUUGAACGACCACCUGAUUGCCUAGCCUUUAUCAUAACGAUAUUGAUGAUGUUACUGAUGGCAGCUGGGGUUAAAAAGUCUUUGGUGUUUAAUAACGUACUCAAUGCAAUUAAUCUAGCAGUAUGGGUUUUCGUAAUGGCUGCUGGUAUGUUCUAUGUUGACUCGAAUAAUUGGUCCGAACACAAGGGAUUUCUUCCAUUUGGUUGGAGUGGGGUAUUUACAGGAGCGGCAACAUGUUUUUACGCGUUUAUUGGUUUCGAUAUAAUUGCAACUACCGGGGAAGAAGCAACUAAUCCUAAACGAAGUAUUCCUCUAGCGAUAGUUUCUUCGUUGAUAAUUAUUCUCAUAGCUUACGUUACCAGUAGUAUGGUAUUGACUCUGAUCGUACCAUACGAAGAAGUUGAUCAAGAUUCCGCAUUGGUCGAAAUGUUCGGUCACGUUGGUGCAUAUAAAUGCAAAUACAUAGUAGCUGUAGGUGCAUUAGCUGGUCUCACAGUGUCCAUGUUCGGCAGUAUGUUUCCAAUGCCUAGAAUAGUUUAUGCCAUGGCUCAAGAUGGCCUCAUUUUUCGAACUUUAAGCCACGUAUGGCCAACAACUGGUACUCCAGCAUUAGCCACAUUAACAUCUGGUCUUUGCGCUGCAUUCGCAGCAUUAUUAAUACAAUUAGAAGUUUUGGUAGAAAUGAUGUCGAUCGGUACCUUGUUAGCGUAUACUCUCGUAUCUACUUGUGUCUUAAUAUUACGGUAUCAACCGCAUACAACCAAUUUAGUCGAACUUCUUCCACAAAGUCUCCGUACACCGUGUCGUUCUCCAACUAAAGAAACUCAAGUAAACGGACAAGUAACUUACGGUAAAGAACUUAGACCUGAUCAAUUGACAACUGCAUUGAAUACUGCUCAAGUAACUCAACCAGAGUUAAUGACUACUAAUAAUGGACAACGUAUCAUGGUAAGACGGGUCAGAAGGUGUAAUAGUUCCUCUCCAGAUUCUGACGACACUUAUGGCGCGGAAGAAGACGAAGUUGGUUUGGGAAAAGACGAUCAAUAUUUAGUUAGCGAUAGAACGGAAAACAAAUUUUACGGUAGUGUUCAUGCGGCGGCAGCCGCUUCCAGUUGCGGAAGUACGCAUCAAUAUCCUGGAAAUACACCAAUCAUAGGACCGCCUUUAAAUUAUUUACAACGCCGAUUACAGGCUGCACAAUAUCUCUGUCCUGCCAUAUUUCCAUGGGUGGAUAGAGGACCCGCCACCGAGGCAUCGGGUCAUUAUGUCAUGAAAUUAGUCGGUAUCUUGUAUUUAUUAAUUUUGAUCUUCGAUAUUAUCAUUGUAUGUAGAAUGGGUGAUAUAGGCACUUUUACAACGAUAGUAUUGUUCGUAUUGUUUUUCGCGAUUGUUGGAAUACUUUUGGCCAUAAGUAGGAAACCGCAAAACAGAAACACUUUAAUGUUCACAACACCGGGAUUACCAUUUGUUCCAGCCAUUGCUGUAACUGUUAACAUUUACCUCAUCUUCAAACUUAGCAUCUUGACUUUAGUUAGAUUUACAGUUUGGAUGAUACUUGGCUUCAUAAUGUACUUCUAUUAUGGUAUUAAACAUAGCAGUUUAGAAGAAAGGAACGUUCAAGGUAACGCGGAUGAAGUUGUUAACGAGUGUACAACGGGAAAUAUCGAGUUGACUGUUACCGAUCAACAAAGACACACCCCGCAUAAUCAGCAAACUGCGUAUACGAACGUGGAUUCUAAUAUUUAUGCGGGUCAACAGCUUGACGCAUUCGGCCAACCCGUAUUUGGUAGUACAAACUUUGGAGGUACACCGACGAAUUACACGAAUCAAUCGCACAGCCAAUCACCAUCGAGCACUGCACUCUUCGUUCAACAAGAUAACUUUCCAACUUGGGACGAUUGAAGAUAUUGACGAUAGAAAGAGAAAAGGGAAUAGGGUGGGAGGAAGUUAGAAAGAGAGAGAGAGAGAGAGAGAUAAAAAGAGAGAGACAAACGGAUAAUUAUACGAAAGCCUAUAAUAAGUUUACCUAUAAUGAAAUGAUUAUUAAUCAUUAUACCCGAUACAUAAAUAGGCGACGAAAUGUUGGUUGGUUAUCAAAAAUCAUUAAAAAAAAAAAACAAAAAAAAACAAAAAAAUGGAUGAAGAAACGGAUCAAUUCGUUAGAAAAAUAACUGUUUCUAGCUCUCUAUAAUAUAUUAAUGACGAUCAGUGUAAUAAUAACCAAUCGAAAAAUAGAAUAACAUUCGCCCGUAUUUUUAUUUAAUUUCUUUUUGUUAUUCUUUUCGUUUCCUUUUUUUUUUUAUUUAUUUAUUGUAAUAGACAUUGCGUAAAAACACUUUAUACGAUAAUAGAAAAGCGUGCUUUGAACGAAUAAGACUUGAAAUGAACCCGAAGUCACACUCGACAUAGGAAUGCAAAGGGUUAAUAAAUGGCGGCGGUGGUGCAUUUAGUAAUUUUGCUCUUACACCUGAAACAUGAGCAAUAAUGUCAUCACAUUUGUUUUUUAAAUGAUA